AUGGCGCCUUAUCGCAGCGAUGUCGGCCUUUUCAUCGGUCCGCCGCAUAUAAAUCGACCCUUCGAUAAGGGAAAAAACCGCGACCAUGUGAACGUACAAGGACGUGCGCGCGCGCGACUACCCAACAAGGCGCGGCCUCAUCGAGGGUGGUCUCCUCAACCCCCCAUAGAUGUCUUGUGGAUGCCUCGCUCCGCCAUGAGGCCGGCCGAGGGUGACGCGUCGGAUUGCAUCCUGGUGGUCGGCGUAUCCCGGCCGAAGGUGGCCGCCGCUUUCCUGUCGGUCGUGCUGCUGUCCCUCUUUCUCACCUUCCACAUACUGUACGACAGCGCCGUUUACAGCCUCCACGCGGUCUCCGCUGUCGAGGGGCGCACCGUCGAGCUGGUCUCUCAGGUACGCGCGACGCCGCCUCUCCUCUUCAGCAACAAGGUCCACUUUCCGCGCACGAACCGCCACCUGCCACAGGCGAUUAUAAUCGGCGUGCGGAAAUGCGGCACGCGGGCGCUGCUGGAGAUGCUGUUCCUGCACCCGCAGAUACAGAAAGCCGCCGGCGAGGUGCACUUCUUCGACCGUGACGACAACUACGGCAAGGGGCUGGAGUGGUACCGGCGGAAGAUGCCGUACUCCUUCAAGGGCCAGAUCACCAUCGAGAAGAGCCCGAGCUACUUCGUGACUCCGGAGGUGCCCGAGCGGAUCCGCGCGAUGAACGGCAGCGUCAAGCUGCUGCUGAUUGUGCGCGAGCCCGUAACCAGGGCGAUCUCGGAUUACACGCAGCUGCGUACGCACGCGGCGACCGCGUCCACGUUAUUAAUCAACGGCACACCGCAGCAGCAGCAGCAGCAGCAGCAACAGCAACAACAACAACAACAACAACAACAACAGCAAUUGCAGCAGCUGCAACAGCAGCAAGUGGCGCGUAGCUUCGAGGAGCUCGUGAUGCGACCAGACGGCAGCAUCAACGAGUCUUACAGACCGGUCGCCAUCUCCCUCUACCACACGUACAUGCACCGCUGGCUGGAGGUGUUCUCCAGGGAGCAGAUCCUCAUAGUGAACGGCGAUCAACUGAUCGAGGACCCGGUGCCGCAGCUGCGCCGCAUUGAAAACUUCCUCGGGCUGGAGCCGCGCAUCGGCAGGCACAACUUCUACUUCAACCAUACCAAGGGCUUCUACUGCCUGCGGAACGAGACGUCGGAGAAGUGCUUGAGGGAGAGCAAGGGCAGGCGUCACCCGCGCGUCAGUCCCAUGGUCGUCACGAAGUUGAGGAAGUUCUUCAACGAGCACAAUCAACGCUUCUACGAGCUGGUCGGCGAGGACCUCGGCUGGCCGGAGGAAUAACCAUCGUGGUGAGUCCCGACGUCGUCGUUCGUGUCGGCGCGACCUCCCUCCCCGUCGGCAGCGUCGCGGAGAGGCCGCCGGAGGUCCAAGUGUCCCGUCGCCGACGAGGGAGCCCCGCGGCAGCGCGUCAUCGUGCGCACGAGCAGCGCCGGCCGAGCUGAUCGCCGACACCGAUGAGGAUAAGUACUUGUUGAUAUCACCGAUUAGCGAUGUAUUUAUUCUCGACGGCGUCAGAGACGGCGAGGAGACCGAGGAGCCGGCCGAUACUUCCAACGUAACGAGGCGCAGUCGUCGGCGUCGAGCUCAACGAGGCUGUCUCCUCCUCCGGCCGGAUGCGCGCGCGAGGCGCCAACGUCGUCUCGUAUCGAAUGAUCAAAGGCGCGUGGUAGCGUCAACACAAAAGUAUACAAGACACGCACAUGCAUCUCGUACACACGAUACAUACACACACGUAUACGCGCACACACACACACACACACACAAGUAAGACAGUAACGCCGGCCAAAAUAAGGUGGGGGCGCGCGGGUCGGCCCGAGGCGCGACCGCCGUCCGCCUCGCGGACCCGCGCGCGCCCCACGCGGAUCACCGCGUUGGUCCGUGACUUUACAUAUCAAUUUUACAUAUCGAUAGUUUACAUAUCAAUAGGUUAACUAGUUGGUACGACAAAGAUUGAAUAUUUUUAUAAUCCACAUUGGAAGUUGUUAUAUCUCGCUUACGUCGUUAAGGAUAUUACGUAAACGCGCGCGGGAGAGAGGCGCUCUUUCGCGCUCGCGUGUGCG